AUGGUUGGUGGGGGUGGUGGUGACGGUCCUGUCGACCCUCCAACCGCCGGCUUCGUGUUCGCCGUCGCCUACGCUAUUUUUGCCCACCUCAGCGAUCUCGAAGUACGGAAAUUUCGACUUGUAUCGAAAACAUGUGCAGCAGCCGGCGGAAUGAUCCUGUCCCGACGGAACGGAGCGAAUAAACAAGCCUACCUCAAGUUUGAGAAUGAACAAGAUGCAAAAAGUAAAAUUGCCCGCCUCGACAAACUUCUCUCCGGAACGGCCUCGCCACGAUGUCUUUUACCGAACUAUGGAGCCAUGGUCAUCACGACGAGUUGCAUGCGGUAUGUCCACCCCGACGUUCCCAGCGUUUCUAGAAAAGCGAUAAUCGGGGCACAACAGCAGCCUCACACUUUUCUGGAAGCGAUGCGUUGGACACCGACUUUACAUGUGAACGACUUUUCGGCGAAUUUGCAACCUCUCAAGGUAACCACGUUGGUACUGCAAAUUUGUCAUCCCCGGUAUCUCGCAGUGGUCAUUGCUUCAUCCCCAAGUCUGCGAAAUCUGACCUUCCUCGCCCCCAAUACGGGAACACGGACGGAUGCGGACGUUUUAGCGGACUGGGAAAAUUUCCAGGAUGUGGUGAACGAGUUGGGGGGCAUGAAUCAGAUUGAAAGCUUGGCCCUCCAGGAUUGGGAUCUCAUCCCCAACGUUGGAAUGGAGAAUUUGAGAACGGUCAAGUUAUUCGUUAGAGGAAUGUCCAACGUCCCCCAGUCUCAGAGGAUCACUUACACCCCCGUGUAUCCCCAAGUGACCACGGUUCAGAUUUAUUUGCGUCUGCCACGGGAUAAUGUGAGAGAGAACGUUGCCAUCCACCGGUUCAUGAAUAGAUUUCCGUCCACUACCACGGUCCUUCUUCAUUACCACGACGAACUCCCAGUGGCCAGAGCCGAACGUUAUGAAUCGUUAGAAGACGCACUUGAAAUAUAUGAAAAAAUGUGGUCAAAUCGCAUCAAAAUCUCCACAAAGUUUGACCAUUAUUCCUCAUCAAUUUAA